UAAUAUAGAUGAAACACCUAUUGCUUUUGACUUGCCAAAUGCUGUUACUAUAGAUAAACAUAGUGCUAAAACUGUUAGUAUAAGAACUACUGGGCAUGAAAAAUCAAACUUUACCAUGAUUUUAGGUUGCCUAGCAGAUGGUACGAAAUUGCCAGCAACUUGUAUAUUUAAGUUAAAAAAUAUGCCCGUUAACAAUUUCUCCAAGAUAUCCAUAUUUGUACGUGAAUGUUCACUUUUAGUAUUAGAUUCUUUCAAAGGUCAUAUUACCAAUCUUGUUAAAAAAAAUUUUAGAAAAAAUAUGACUGAUAUUGCAGUAAUAUCUGGUGGUUUAACAA